GUGCAUCCAAGCAUCUCAAUUACUAAAGGAAUAAAUUUAGAAGAGGUUUUUAGAUUGAGCAAGUUGGAGAGUUUGGAAUGUGGAAUGGAGAGCAUGCAAGACUUCAACUAUCUUGUCAAUAAGUCUAAAGAUUUUGAAAGUCUUACUGCUUACAAUCUUCAACUGAGAAUAGAUAAACAAGACAUGGUUUAUGUGUCUGGUGAUAAAUAUCAACGUAAGGUUUUAAUUGCUGAAUGUGAGAUUGGAGAAGAAUGUAUAGUGCUUCCAGAUACUCUUGAGGAUUUGUGGAUCGCUAAAUGUAAGAACAUGAAAAACAUGAGAUGCAGCUUGAACAAAAUAGUUUUGUUAGAAAAUGCAACCGCGUUGAGAAGGUGUUUUCUUUGUGAUUGUGAAGGGAUAGAGUGCAUAGUAGAGUUGGACUCAUCCUCUUCCUCGUUGUGUUGUCCAGUACUGGAUAAGCUCGAAGAGUUGACUCUUGUCGGCUUGCCUAACUUGAGUGUCCUUGUGAGAGGGGAAGGAGUAGCAACAUCACCUCAUGCCUUUUCAAAUCUUAAAGAGCUUUUUAUAUGUGGAUGUUCUGGAAUGAGGAAGUUGCUUUCACUUGAGCUACUACAGGGCCUCCAAAACUUAGAGGUGUUUGAUGUUUGCAAUUGCGAACAAACGGAGGAGAUAAUAGCCUCAUCAGAUUUAAAUGCACCAUCAUCGGAUAAAUUUACUUUCACUUGUCCUAAAUUAAGGCGAUUCUUCUUGGAGGAUUUACCCCAAUUAAAGAGCAUCUGCAAUGCCAAAGGAGUUAUGGUUUGUGAUUCUAUUGAAGAAAUUUUGAUAGACGAAUGUCCAGAGUUAAAGAGGAUCCCUGUGCAGCUUCCACUGCUUGAUAAUGGCCAACCAUCUCCUCCUCCUCGUCUCAGAGAAAUCAAAAUUUUUAAAGAGUCGAAAGAAUGGUGGGAAUCAGUGGUGGAGUGGGAUCAUCCUAACGCUAAGAACAUACUCCAACCUUUCUUGAAAAUUAUUGAAUGGAGAAUUUUGCAAUAAACAAGUCACGUGUGAGCCCAAUAACACGUGCCAAUAAAACCCCUUAUUUCAGUACUCCACAACGGUAACAAAGCCAAAAAUGCGUCUGAUGUGGGAAGCCUAUGUAUUGUGGAGGAGAUGAGAUUGAGAUGCAUACACCCUUCAUCCUCUGCUCUAUCGUGUUAUCUCAUAAACUCCAACUAUGUUCUUUUCUCAAGCAAAGCCAACUUCUCUCAGCAGAGCAGCAAAGCAAAACAAAACAAGACUGGACUCACCCAUUGCCAGUAGUCUUUGAUUUCAUUGACAAUAAUGUUAGAUUUUUUUGGUUUACCAAUUUAUGUCUUUUUUUAAUUGUAUUGGAUGAACUUGGUUUUGUUUCUUUUGGUAAUUUGUUUGUGUUGUAAGUUGUUAAGCAUGUUAUGUUAUGGGAUUUCUACUCUUGUAUACAUUAUCCAUUUAGAUCUUCAUCAAUCUUUGAUUCUGUUUAUGUUUUCUUUGAUAAUUUGCUUGACCUAGCUAAUUUGGUUAAUUAAUGUCCAACUUGAUUUCUUCAAUUUUUUCUUCUAAGACUACAGGAGAAGGUGCACUAUCUUGCUAUCUAUAUCUUCAAUCUUGAUUUCAUUGUGUUUUGUUUAGAGUAUUGAUCAUAAAAUAAAAUAUCAAAAUUUUC